CGUUUAGGCCAAUAUAAAUAGAAAGUGCAGUGAACAUUUGAACAAAGGAGACAAUUUAAUGUAUAAUUCAACAUUAUUAGAUUGGCACGGUGGCUGAAGGGCUAGCACUCAUUCCUCACAGCGAGAAGGUUCCGGGUUCGAUCCCCGGUUCUGUGUGGAGUUGGCGUGUUUCUCCCCGUGUUUGGAUAGGUUCCCUCCGCUGUUUCCCCCAUCGCCCCAAAACAGGCUGCAUAGGUCUCCAGGAAGAAAAGUUAAGGUCAAUGAAAUACAAUCACUCAAUGAACCUGCCCAGGGACUACUACCUGGUACAAUGCAUUUCUCCUGUUAAGGUUAAUCUGUCUGAUUAAAUAAAAUAAAUAAAAUAUUAGAUAGAUAUAAUACUUUAUAAUCUCGAAAGAAAUUGUGAGUGUGAUCAGUGAUAGGGUGACCAGAUUUUCAAAAUCAAAAACUGGGACAUCCCCGGUUUGAGGUGGUUGAUAAUAACAAAAUUGUGAAACAAGUGCGUAAUUAAGGGAAAUUGUUAUGCACUCGGCCCAUUCAUUACUAACAUGUGAGUCUGUAUAGUCUCAUUUUCUUUGUUCUUUAGUGAUUUUAAGCAGCUUUUCUGUAUUCUAUCUAAACAAUGGCAAUUAAUGCAGGUAUCAAAUUGCUUAAAAAUAGGAACACCAGGGAGAUUUAUUAAAUAAAACUCAAAUCAAUGGUUUUGGAUAAAUCUGCUGGGACACGGGACUCAGGUCUUAAAAUUGAGACUAUGCGGGGUAAAUAAGGACAUCUGAUCACCCUAAUCAGUGAUAAUCUCUAAGUCUAUAAAUUAAUAGGAGUAGUUAAAGGGUGUGUUAACAUUUGCAACCUUUGGUCCAAGCUUUUGGACUUUAUUAGCUUCCCGGUUUGGUCCAAAGUACAAGUUUUUGGUUCGGGGAAAGGUAGCAGUUUUGUUCCAGAUCGAGGUCUAAUCCUGCUGUGCAGCGUGAAUGUGAAGAUUCGGAUUUUUGGACCAAAUCUAGGAGGUGACAUACGUUCAAUCACUUUGUUUGAUUUAUAUUAUCUAUAUGUCGUGUGCUUUAAAUCCAAUCAAAAAAAAAAUGUAAAAAUUGAAAUUACAUAUAUCCAUGUAAUCUAUUUGUAUUGACAUGUGCUUGUGCAAAACUGGGGUCUGGUUUGAGGUGUGAAUCAGCCCUAAUAUGCAUCAGUGAUUUACUUCCCUAGUAGUCUCCCUACCCAGCAUGUUAAUCGCUCAAAAUGUGGGUCUGAAUGAAUGGAUGCUGCCAUCCCAGUGUUCACCUUCUCCUUUGUCUAAUUUUAGUUGAGUGUGACAUUUUUGCUUUGGACAUAACAAUGCUCUGUUACUACAGUGUCAGUGUAGGCCUACCCAAGUAGCAGCUUCUUUAGGGACGAUAUAUAUAGUCACUGUAACAAUGGAUGUGGUCACUGUUGCCCAGCUCAAGUCCAUGUUGACCAGCAAGAAUGUCCAGCUGUUUGAUGUGAGAAGACCUGAUGAGUUCCAAGCUGGACACAUCCCAACUGCUGUGAACAUACCAUUGGAUGGCCUGGAGGUAUCACUGAAUCUGCCCUCAGAAAAGUUUGAGCAGACAUUUCAUGUGAAGGCACCUGCUAAAGAAGAUGACAACAUCGUGUUUAGCUGCAGAAGUGGAGUAAGGAGUGGCCAAGCCCUGGACAUUGCUCGUCAUCUUGGAUUCUCUAAGGCCAGGCAUCUUCAGGGUGGCUAUCUUGAGUGGGAAGCGGAAGCAAAAGAAAAAUCCAGCUAGGCGAUGAAAAAAAUAAAUUAAAACUAUGAAUUCCAGCACUGUUUGAAUUCAGUUUAAUAUAUAAUGGUAACUGUUUAAUAAACGUACCUCUUUUAUGA